AUGAAGUGGCCUUAUAACAAAGACGCGGAUGCGCUCAAUCACGAGGGGACGAUCCAGCCUCUCGCCCAGGAGGUCGAGAUCUUUCGUGAAAAGGCCGACUACCUCAGCCAGCAGGUCAAAGUUCCCGAGAAUCAAGGCGGCGUGCCUGACCAAGCGGGAGCCCUCCGUGACGAUCAUUGA